AUGGGUGAUCAUCCUACAAGAUUGUUUUCAUGGAUUAUAAAAACUAGUUCAUUAAUGUGUAUCUUCCUUUCGAGUAUUUACAUAUUUUUAUACAGGAAUAGUAUACAUCUUUACAUAGGAAGCGAUAUUUCUUUAGAUUUUUCAACCCAAAAAUAUAUAGGAUCUGACAUUACUAGUUUUUCUUUAGGAGAAUUAGGAGAUUUGAAGGAAGUAAAUCAAUACAAUUCUACAACCAACGUUUCAAUCAAAAGCUAUGAUGGAUUUAAUGAAAACAAUCAGUCAGCAAAGCAAGACUCUUGGAAAUUUCUUGUGGAUUCAGAAAAUUGCAAAAUUCCUGACCUGGAUCCAUUCGAUGCUAAAAUUAAAGAUUUGUUGAUACUUCAUCCCGAACCUUACAAGUGCGAUGAUAACGAUUUUAUAACAUAUAUUCAAAAUAACACGUUAUUUCUCAAUUUGAUGAAGAAAGCACGAAAACGUGUAUCGUACUGCCGAUUCAAACCGAUUUAUUUUAACAGCAUUACUGGCAAAUCAAGUGAACCAUUUAUAUAUUUUAUUGAUAUAGAAGAUGAAUUCUUAAAGGUGGAAUGCUUUGAUCAUUCUAGAGAUUUAGUUGUUGAAAAUUUCCACAUCAAUUUUAAACAAAAAAUUCCAAAAUUGUACGUAGCAGACGACAGGAUUCCACUUGACAAAGGGAAUAAUAAAAAUGAUACAGAGUCAACGAAGAUCAAUAUGCAUCAUUCUAGACGAAAGUCGUUCGCCGACAAGAAAAUGGAUUUUGCAAUAACUGAUCGCUUGAAUAUAAUGUUGAUAAUGAUAGAUUCAACAUCGCGUAUUAAUUCUUUACGAUAUUUCACCAAUACCCGUCGUUAUCUGACGGAAACAUUAGGAGCAGUGGAGAUGCUUGGAUACAACAAACUAGCAGACAAUACAAUGGUCAACAUGGUACCACUUCUGACUGGAGAAUUUGCAAAAAAUCUGACAUGUUUAAAAAGUCACCAAGGAGUAGAUAAUUGUUCUUUUAUCUGGCAAAAAUAUUCACAAAAUGGAUAUUUAACACAUUUUGGUGAAGACAUGACAUUUGCAGGAACAUUUCAUUACACACUAAACGGAUUUAAAGAGCAGCCUACAGAUUAUUACGACAGGCCGUUUUACUAUCACAACGAAAAGUCCUCCGAUGGUGUGGCAGAUACAUGCUUUCAUGGUAAAUCAUCGUCUGAAUCGCUGUAUCAAAGAAUGUAUGACCUGGCAUAUAAUCUGAGAAACCAGCGUUACUUUUCCCUCAAUAUUCACUCACGAAAUACACAUACUUAUCUCGAAGGUCUUGCAGAUAUGGACAAUUUGACACUUGACACAAUAUCAAAAUUAUAUGAGAAUAAUUUGCUUAAUAAUACUUUCAUGGCAAUUUUUGGUGAUCAUGGUUUACGUUUCGGUGAAGUGAGACAGACUUUUAUUGGUCAGUUAGAAGAAAGGUUGCCUAUGAUGUUUCUAUACUUACCCGAGUGGUUUAAAAACAAAUACAGUAACCAUAUGACAAAUUUGAAGACAAAUUCUAGACGUCUAACAACCCAUUUUGAUAUGUUUUACACGCUAUUAGAUUUGUUAAACUUGGAUAAGAAGGGACCGGUCAAGAGAGGAAUUUCCCUUUUUCGUGAGAUUCCACGUGACAGGACAUGCGAAGAUGCAUAUAUAGACCAACAUUGGUGCACGUGUAAUUAUCAUCUUACCGUAAUGGAUAAUGAUACAGUUAAAAACACAUUAUCAAACAUUUUGAUAAAACAUCUCAAUUCUUUGUUGGAAGAUUAUGACAGAGAAACAAAAUGUUCCAACUUGACUUUAGUGUCCGUAAUUUCGUCUGUAGCUGUAACAUCUAAAUCAGGCAAAGAUAAGGGUCACAGAAUUGUAAUUAAAACAGAACCAGGGAACGGAGUAUUUGAAGCCACACUUCGAUAUCAAUCUAGCUCCGGUUUAUUUCAUGUGAAAGGAGAUGUCAGUAGACUGAGUAAAUAUGGCGACAGUUCAAAAUGCGUUACAGGGAAAACUUUACGAAAAAUAUGUUUUUGUAUUUGA